UGUAUUGACAUGUCAUUUCAAUGAUAAAAAUGAAGUCUUCCUAAUAAAUAAAUAAAAAAGGAAAAUAAAAGAAAGCCUCGAGUGAGUAUUUGCUGCUUUGUUCCCUCUCCCGCCUUGGACUUGAACGUUGCUAAAAACCCUGGGAAUAUCAUCGCCGACAGACAGACAGGCAGACAGCAUCCGAAACUGAAAACCCCUUCUUACUUCUUAUUUGUAGCCCUUAGCCCACCCACAAGAACACGAUAACCAGCUAGAAUAUGGACACGUGGCAGAUCCUCCACAUCCCAGACAACCCCCCAAUCGCUCCCGACCAACAACCCACAGUGGAUGCAAUUGCGUCACUCAUCGACCCAAAAUUUGCUAACACUCUUGUAAGGCGUUUGAAUCAAAUAUCACCAUUGGAAAAUCUCCGCCACGUGAAGCGGGUGAAGAAGAAAUUUGUUGAAGGAGGAAAAACUCAACUAUCUGUGAUCCUAUGUCUAGCUUCUGAAAAUGGUAAUCAGUUGGAGAGCAUGCAGAAUGAUGUACAGGAGCUAAUGAAUUCCUACAAGUUGAGUCCUUUUAUCACAAAAGUCUGCAAGUAUGCUGCAUUAUCAAAAGAAGAGUGGGAAGAACAAUGCAAGCUAUGGCCAACAUCUUAUCAUCCACCAACCUAUAAUAUUGAUGGCAUUACUGGAUUCAGUGAAGAGGACUCACAAUCAGUGUUCAGAUUCAUGAAGUACGCUAUUCAGUUGGCAAAGUCUAGCGAUAAUUUGGUAGUCAAUGCUGCAGUUAUAGUGGAUCCUUCAGUUAAACAGGUAAUCACUACUGCAUGUGAUCAAACUUGCUCUUCGUAUAGUCCCACAAACAAGAUCACCCUUGAAACCAGUUGCUGUGAAAAGCUAGAAGCUUUUAUUUCCCAUAGUGAUUCGGAUGGAGUAUUGAACCAUCAAACUGUGCAUUCAAAUAGUUUUCCAGACAAAUCAAAACAAUUAUGUACCGGCGUAUCUUGUUUAUAUCCUUGGCAAUGGGCUGAUCAACAAUCAGACAUGAGUUCGUGUUAUUGGCACCCUUUACGUCAUGCUGCCAUUGUUGCUAUUGAAUCUUCUGCUGCCAGAGACAGAUAUCUUUUCCCCAGUUUGGGAAAAAUCCAAGAUAAGUCUUUUGAAAUGGACAACAUGCAGUCUUCUUCUGCAGGCUCUCCAGCAAAAAGACAAAAGACUAAUUCUACAAAUGUUCACAGUGACGACAAUCUGACUAAUGGUGAAGGUUCCAGUUCUUUAUCAGCCAGGCCUUAUCUGUGUACAGGUUUUGACAUGUACCUUGUUUGGGAGCCGUGCAUAAUGUGUGCAAUGGCACUUGUCCAUCAGAGAAUUAGGCGUAUAUUCUUUGCUUUCCCAAACCCGGAUGCAGGGGCAUUGGGUAGUGUUCACAGACUACAAGGGGAAACAAGCUUAAAUCAUCACUAUGCUGUAUUCAGAGUGUUAGUGCCUCAACAAAUCCUUAGUAGGGAGGGAUGAAACUUCAAUUACCAAAUGAGUACAAAUGAAAUGAGAAUAUUGGUUUGAUUGUGUUCUGCAUCAGCUCAUUUGUGGACUAGACUAAGACAUUGUUUUACCAGGAAGCCAACUCAACUCAACUCAACUAGAUUACUGACUGACUGACUGGUUAGCCAUUACCCAUUUAGCCAAGAACGCAAGCAAUCCAAGGCUUCAAUGCUUCAAGCUCAAGAAGAUUUCAUUUGCCUAUCCACCUCUACCUUUGUGACUCUAUUUAUCAUGCAAUGUUUUAUCAAUUAAGAGGAUCAUAAGUGCUGCAAACUACAUGGGCACAUUUAUAAUUUUGUUCACCAUUCAAUCUCCAAAGUAGCUAUGGUUUGAAAGUAAUAUCCAAGUUGUUGAAA